AUGUUUUUUUUACCGGAUGCGAUUAAACAUUCCAUUAAAAAUGCCUUGUUAAGCAAGACUAUUCCUGAAAAUGGACAAUAUGGAAAAGAUAAUAUAAAUUUUAAACCACAACAAGAAUUAACCAUUCCGACCGAUAAAAAUACUACAAAUGACUACAUUUGUGGCGUUUAUUACACCAAUUGGUCACCAUAUCCACCAAGAAAUCAUUUCCCACAACAAAUAGAUUUCACAAGAAUUACUAAUGUUUACUACUCUUUUUUUAUCAUUAAUCCUAAAACUGGGAAAAUUCUGUCUAGUGAUGAUUGGGCCGAUUUUGAAAUGAAUGUUUUCAAAAAAAUGUACAUCGAUUUACCUACAAAUCAAAGGAAAAAGUCUGAUAAAUUACUUUCUUAUAAGAAUGCUGAUAAAAUUUUGGGUAAGGGUUUGAUAAGCGAAUUUUAUUAUUUGAAAACAUCUGCUUUUUUAUCACAAUAUAGUGGUUUGUCAACUCACGGUAAUUUUAAAACAGUAAUGAGUAUUGGUGGCUGGUCCAACAAGGAUAGUUUCCAUCUUAUUGCACAUGAUAACACUAAAUUCAAUAACUUUAUAAAUAGCGCUGUUGACACCAUGUUUAAAUAUGGGUUUGAUGGUAUCGAUAUCGAUUGGGAAUUUCCUGUUAAUGAUGGUGUUGAGCCUGUAAAAUUUUUAAAUAUGGUGAGAAUCAUUGGAGAAAAAUUAAAUAUGUUAGAAAAAAAUAUUUAUGGAACAAAACCACAGAACAUUAUCGACAGUGACGCACAUUUUUUACUAACUGUUGCCAUUCCAUGUGCAGAAGAAACUUUGUCAAUUAUGAAAUUAAACCAAAUGGAUAGGUACGUUGAUUAUUGGAACCUAAUGGCUUAUGACUUUAAAGGCGAAUGGUCAACCACUGCAGGAUUCCACUCUAAUUUAUAUAAUAAAGAUAACCAAAAAUAUAAUAAAAAAUAUAAGAGAACACAUUUCCGUAAUGAUGAAUCGGAGUUAAGUGUUGAUUUAGGUGUUAAAUAUUUAUUGAAUAAUACCAAUAUCAACUCCAAAAAAAUUAUUUUAGGCAUGCCUAUGUACGGGAGAGGCUUUACCCAUGUUAAUUCUAAUUCGAUCGAAAAAAUAACCAACGGCUCCGUUUCGUAUAGUGGUGUGGGUGGGUUAUCUGAUGGAGAGCCCGGUAUGUGGUUGUAUAACCAAUUGCCACUAAGAAAUGGUAAUAAUGCAAAAGUUAGUGCUAGCAGUAUGAACAAUGAACACUUUGAUUCUGAAGCUGUGUCUGCAUAUAGUUUUGACCCCAACAAUAAAACAUUUGUUGGUUAUGAUAAUCAACAAAGUAUGGUUGUUAAAGCAGAAUACGUCCAGAAAAUGAAACUAGGGGGUGGCUUUUGGUGGGAAUCGUGCGGUGAAAAUAGUGCAAAACCAUUAAUUAAAGCUUUCCAUGAUAGUAUUCCAAAUGCUUCAUGGGACAGUAAAAAACAAAAAAGUUUAUGGAAUAAUUCACAAGUAAUUGAGUAUUAUUUGAAAGAAUAUGGCGAGGAGGGAUUUUUAUCCAAAAUGAUGCAAUCGCAAUUGUAUAGAAAAAAUAAUAGUUGA